AUGGAUAAAGCUCAAACCCAUUUCUGGAGACCCGACCCACUUCACUCUUCCAUGUUCCGUCCACCAGAAACACCACAAGCACCAAUGGAGUUUCUCUCACGUUCAUGGAGCGUAUCAGCUCUUGAAAUCUCCAAAACUCUCUCCUCCUCCUCUUCUUCCAAACCUCCUAUAAACACCACCAUAGAAGAAAACAUCACCGAAGAAACCUCCUCCUCCUCCUCUGUUUCCUUAAACCCAUUUUCCUUUGCUUCCACUGAAACCACUCAAAUGAUAAUGGAACGCAUCAUGUCACAAACCGAGGAUGUUUCUGUGUCUCCAAGAACUUCAGGGAGACUCUCACAUAGUAGUGGUCCUUUGACAGAUAGUUGUCCUGUUUCACCAUCUGAAAUCGACGAUAUCAAGUACGGCCGUUCAAACAAUGGCGGUGGUGUAAGUUUAAAUAGUUAUCUUGGUGGCAGACCACCUGGUGGUGGUGGUAAGACGGUUGGAAGAUGGCUUAAGGAUAGAAAGGAGAAGAAAAAGGAAGAAGCAAGGGCCCACAAUGCUCAGGUUCAUGCUGCGGUAUCCGUGGCUGCUGUUGCUGCCGCAGUAGCUGCGAUUGCUGCGGCCACGGCCGCCUCGUCUGGGUCUGGAAAAGAUGAGGAGAAAGCGAGUACUGACUCGGCUGUGGCUUCUGCAGCGACGUUGGUGGCGGCUCAGUGUGUUGAGACGGCCGAGGCGUUGGGGGCAGAAAGGGAACAUCUUGCUGCUGUGGUUAGCUCCGCCGUGAAUGUUAGAUCUGCUGGUGAUAUCAUGACUUUAACUGCUGCUGCUGCAACAGCUUUGCGUGGGGCUGCAACAUUGAAAGCGAGGGCAUUGAAAGAAGUUUGGAAUAUUGCAGCAGUGAUUCCUGUGGAGAGAAAUUUGGGGGCUUCUGGUGGUAAUGGUAAUGGAAGUUCCCAUAGUAGCUUCAGCGGUGAGCUUGUACCUGAAGAUAUUUUCUCGGGUACUAUCUAUAGUAGAGAAUUACUUGCAAGAGGUUGUGAGCUUCUGAAGCGCACACGCAAAGGUGAUCUUCACUGGAAAGUUGUAUCUGUAUAUAUAAAUAAAAUGAAUCAGGUUACUCUAAAAAUGAAGAGUAGGCACGUUGCUGGGACCAUUAAGAAAAAGAAAAAGAAUGUGGUGAUUGAACUGAUCAAAGAUAUGCCAGCUUGGACGGGACGCCAUUUGCUGGAAGGCGGUGAGAAUCGUCGCUACUUUGGAUUGAAAACACUGUUGCGUGGUGUCGUUGAAUUUGAGUGCAUGAAUCAAAGAGAGUAUGACGUGUGGACUCAGGGUGUCUCUAGCCUGCUUUCCAUUGCAGCUGAGAAGAACACCAGAAAUAGAUUUUGAGCUCCUGUUCUGAGGGGGGAGAAAUUUAGGCAAUGGGGGACAUUCAAAGGAUCUAUGGUGCCCUUAGCACUAUAGAUCUUUUUGAUAUAUGGUGGGGUUUUGAUCAAUGAUAAAGGGGGGGUGUAAGCUAAAAACUAAAGGCAAAAGUUAUGCCAGUUGGGGUUACUUUAAUCUUGGGAAAUAUGCAUUGGGGUAUUUGGAUGUAUUUUUUGAACUGAAAGUGCACCCAAUGUGAACCAUAGUUGGUAUUGUUCUUUUCAUCACUAUUAUGGAAAGAAAAUGGAAAAUGAGAGUAUCUUGGACUAGGGAACAGUCAAAAAGAAUGGGGAAAGAAUCAUAUUAGAAGGGAAAGUAUAAUGUUAAGACAAAAUACUCUUAUCCUAUCUGUGUUGUUUGCACAUUUGGUCUUGAACCUUAAAACAAAAGUAGUCAAAAGUCUAGAUUUUCAUGUGAUUAAUACAAUAUAAAAUUGUUGGCUUUGGCUCCUGGGUUGGAUCUUUGAACUAUUGUUGCACAUUGUGUGCCAUCAUUGUCUACUUCGUGCACUUUAUCUUUAAUCAAGUGCUUCACAUUGAAUAUUUUA